CCACCAGUCUCAUGGCAUGACAAAGAGUUCCCAGCUCGUAUCACGAGCGUAGCGGACACCUAGCUAUUGUCAAGAUCAAAGGCUGGUGGCGCCGUCUCCCAAUGGUCCUAGGACGAUGAAGUAACAGAUUGUUAACGACAACUGUGAAGGCAACCUUCUACGAGAGUUGGUCUCCGCCCAGGUAGCGUACUCCAAGCGACCGACCUUGGAAUGCUCUGUCUGGUGUAGCGGACUUAUGCCGCCUCCUCUCAAGUGCCGAAUAUUGCUGAAAGCUGAACGCACUAAUUUUGAUGAUAUCUCAAGCGACGAAUCAUACAGCAGUAGCCGUGGUGACGAUGAGAGCCAAGAGGUGGUCGGAGUUGACCAGCGGAGGAUGAAGAUAUGAGCUAGAGCGGCUAUGGGAGUAUUAACAACUCAGUGUCGGACUCGGCCAUGUAUCCGGAGAGUGAUAGUGAAGAAGGUGCCAAUGACGUGUGAUAGCAACUGUCACCGUGCUCCACGCAAACAUCGCGAACUCACCAACUUCUCUUUGCUAACUCGCCAUGAGUAUCUGGCACGCGGCAAGUUACUGUUCAUAGCACAUUCGGCUUAUCCGUCGAUCUAGUUUUGUCAUGAGUGUCGCACCGUAUUCUCUUGCAAGAUCUUUUACCAAAAGCAUUAUUGCUAUUUUCGGAUGAUCAUACAGCAGCUCAACAGACACAAAAUCUUACACGGAUAGCCUGAUGCACGAGCGCUGCUGGCACCAAAAUUGUGCAUCCCGAGGAUUUCAGCAAGGCUAGGCUGAAGCAAUUACGUACGAAGGAUCAAUACUUGGUUCAUACAAUCAUCAAAGCCACAUCUUUGAAAGGCAUCUUCAGGUAUAGCUUCCACAAUAACAAACCCGUC